AUGUACUCUGUCACUGCUGUUAAAAGGCGGUUCCAAUUGCCCAAGUGUGACAUGGAUCAACUUAAAAGGUUCAAGACUCUGCCUGGAACAUACAACAUGGAGCAGUCCACAUACAAAUCUCGCAUGACCAUUGUUUCUGCUUAUCAGGCACUAAUGUUUGUGGACGAGUACCCAUACCGACCGAGUCCGGCAUCGCUCGUGCAGCGAGGGCAAAUUCUCAACUUUAUGGGGACGUGUGCACUUCCUUAUUAUGAUACAUCAACAGGCCAAGUCGAAGAAGGUGUGUCCUGUGCCGGAUGUCAACUGCUUGUCGCAAACGGCUGUGUCAUGCGCGACAUGAAGCUCUGGUCAUGGGCAUACGAGGCUCGCAAUACGCUAUAUUCGCGGGACGGGUUUCUGGAACAUUUUCGGUGGUGCAAGCAGGCACACCGUCGCUGGAACGACAGUGAUGAAGGGAAAAAGCUGCCUCCCGAUUUGCGGAGUCUGCUCGAUCACUCCCGCCAAGAGGUUGAUAAGAAUACGUAA